AGCUGUGAAUUUUGUCAAAGCACACAUGGCAACCAAUGUAUUCACCCGGAGAGCCCAGUCACAUUGAAGAGCCAGCUGUUAAAGCUCUGAGUGGAUUGACAGCACUGAAGAUGUCAAUGUUUUGGGGGAAAUUUUGACAGCGCCUUAUCCCACUGCAGCACAGAAACGGAUCAUUGUCACAGAGACACGCCAAGAGAAAAGGGCACGCGUGAGACAGCUUACCAUGCACUGAAAACAAGGAAUGGAAAGCAUCAGUGUGGAAACAGACUGGGAUGGGUUAGCCCCCUCCUCUCUGCUCACCACAGGAAGGAACAACUUCUCUUCUCCGUCUUUGCUGGUCUCCGAGCUGAACUCCUUCAAUAGUUCUUACAGCGGGGGGUCCUUCUUCGGGAUCUUCCCUGAAAAUGGUUCCACCACUACACCCCACACGCUGCCCCAGCCCCGGAACAGGGACCCGGGCCUGGCCCGGGCAGAGAUCGCCGUUCUCGGGCUGGUACUGGCACUCACCACCCUGGGGAAUAGCUUUGUACUGUGGGUGCUGCUGAGGAGGAGGAAACACAAUGCACCGAUGCACGUGUUCAUGGUUAACCUGUGUGUUGCUGACCUCGUGGUGGCCAUAUUUCAGGUUCUUCCUCAGCUGAUAUGGGACAUCACAGGGAUCUUUCAGGGGCCUGACGUGCUCUGCCGCUCCAUCAAGUACUUACAGAUUGUGGGCAUGUUUGCUUCCUCCUACAUGAUAGUUGCCAUGACUGUAGACCGGCACCAUGCUAUCUGCUGCCCUUUACAAGCUUACCGCGGGGGGGCAAUGUCCCGCUGGAACACCCCUGUCAUGGUGGCCUGGGGUUUGGCACUUUUACUCAGCAUACCACAGGUGUUCAUCUUUUCUCGCACAGAAGUGUCUCCUGGAGUGUACGAGUGCUGGGGUGAAUUUGCCAAGGUGUGGGGCCUGAAAGCCUACAUCACCUGGAUGACUGUGGCAGUCUUCCUCCUGCCUGCCUUGAUAAUCACCAUCUGUCAGAUAAGAAUCUUCCGAGAGAUUCACAACAACAUCUACCUAAAGUCAGAGAGGAUGGUGACGGCUGAGCUGAAGAAAAACGAAAUCCUCUUCCGCUUCCACAGCUUCAAAAAGGACGAGGAGCGAGCGAGGGGGAGGCGAGCAUCAGGGGGCGGGGGUAGAGGAGGAGGAGGACAGGUUUUAAAGGGUGUAAAUAACAACCCUCACAAUAACGGUCAUAACAGCCAAGUGGGAGAGUGUUACGACUACGUGCCCUCCUCUGUUCAAUAUAACAGUUGCUGCAGUGAAGCUGCGACAGCAACAACAGUAACAUCACCCACACAGCAGCAAAGAGUGAACGGCUCAGACUGCCAGGAGUCAUACGCAUCCUUCGAGCAGGCCUCAGGCUCACCCAGAUGCUCCCUGGACUAUGUCCCACCUCAACCUCCUUCCGCCCCACCUCCAAGCAUCACUAAAGCCAUGUCCAAGACUGUGAGAAUGACCCUCGUCAUUGUGUUGGUCUACACAAUCUGCUGGUCUCCUUUCUUUAUCGCUCAGCUUUGGGUGGCAUGGGACCCCAACCCUCCAAAGCAAGAAGUGGCCUUCACCAUCCUGAUGCUGCUGGCCAGUCUGAACUCUUGCACCAACCCGUGGAUCUAUACCGCCUUCUCCAGCAGCGUGUCAAGAGAGCUGCAGAACCUGCUGCACUGUGGGUCCAGACCAGGCCGCCGAGGAUCCCUGCCGGACGACUCCACCACCACACACACCUCAACCACUAAGGACACCCUGUACUGAUAGCGACUGACAGGACAGAAGCAGGCACACACACAGAGGCAUGUUUGAAAAAGGGACAUGCAUGGAUGCACGUGCACACGUUGCAAGGACGUGCAACUCCACAGCAACCACCACCUCUGGUGUCAAAGCCUGAGAGCAGAGAGUCCUGACCUCCACCAGAUGUUUCCAACAACAAAGGACAGCUGUUCUGUCAACAGGACCUCCAUCUGUAAUCACCUGUCCUCUCCACCCAGGCAGUGAGGAAGGGUGUCAUUGAAGAUGUCAACACCACUUUAUGAGGGUAGCGUGGAGUUUACAGCCGCUGUCAGUGGGAGCAUCUGCGAUGCAAAAUGGCCUUGAAAGUUGCGGUUGAGAGGGAUCCUGUUUGUUGUUUCAUAUGAAAAUAAGUCUUGCCCUGCUUAGACAGAGCAGAGCCUCAGGAAUGCAAGGGGUGGAUCACUGCAUUAAUGGCCUUAUGGCACGCCUAAUAUACAUAGCAGGCGACAAAGCUAUGGAUGUAGAGAAAACAAAACAGCAGAGGGAGUGAAAUUGGAAGAGAGACACAUAAAGAGAACAAGAGAGAGAGAGCCAGACCGCUGCUGGACUGAGAACAGACAGAGGGGAUGACAUGGGUGUUACAGUGGAGGGAGCGUCCCUGAGAAGGCUGUAGCUGAAAUCUAAUAAUGUGAAGAAACUUUGUUGAAUCAAAGAUGAAUGCUUUGGGCUGUAUUUAUAUUUGCUCAGGAGGAAUCCGGUUCCAAAGAACAAUGGCGAUUUGUUUGGAAGAUGGAUGGACACUGACUCAGAGGAUGGUGCGAUGGAGUCCAGACACUGCCCAGAAGAGGAACUGGAAGAGCAUGGGUUAAUGCAGACAGGAGGAGGGUUUGGACCUGGAAGAAUACAAAUAAACAAUCCAGGUUUCCUCCUCGGACUGGGACACAAUUAUGUGAUUGUAUUCUGCUCAAACACAGCAUAUGAGGUACACAAAAGUCCCUUCCUGUCGUGCUCUCCUACAAAUACGAAACAGGAAUAUCAAGCAGAGGACACGGUAAAGAAAUAGAUAGCAGAUAUUCAACUGCAUUCCAUGUACAGUACAAUGAUAAACUAUGUAUUUGUGUAUGUAUUUAUUUCAAAUGUAAGGCACAUUAUAAUAAGGUGUAGAAGAUAAAUAUUGAAUGUCUAUCACACAAUUUUAAUGGUCCAAUUUCUGUAGGUGAGCACAAUCUACAAGAGAAACCAAAGAUUUUUUAAGGCUUAAUUCAAGUCUUAAUUGUAGAUAUUAUAUAGCCUCAACAGAUAAGAUAUAUAUAAAGGAUAAAGACAGUGAAUCUACUCCCUGUCAUACUAAGUGCCUGUGUCAGAGAAGAUUUAUACUGGGGCCUCCUUCACUGGAUUAAUCUCUGAAUGAUGUCAGCUGUGUUCUUGUAAGAUGCUGGUGGUAGCUCUCGUUAGAAAUGUAAUAUAUGUUAUAAGAGCGAA